UCUCUCUGACGUUUCCAGUUACCUUUAGGAGGGUGCUGAAAAAUCCGAAAAUAAAACCAUGUCUGAUAGAAUGGAAUCCCUUCAAAGUGACAAGGAAACGGAGUGGGAGAGUUCUCUCUGAUUCCCAAAAUUAAUGCCUAAGGAAAGAGAGAGAGAGAGAACACGGCAUCACUCCAGAGGACAUGCGGCGCACAGAAACAGUCAGCUGUUACCAACUGUAAUCCAAUUGGACAAGACCGCCAGAAGAUGGCCGACGACAAUAUGACUUUAAUAAACACGGAGGAUGAGGCGUACGCCACAGGCUACAGCGCCAAUAUGACUGACAUGAGUGAACUGAUGCCCUUCGGUAUGGUCACGGCGGUGGUCUACGGCAUCGUCUUUAUCGUGGGUCUCCUGGGCAACACGCUGGCCAUCUUCGUGGUGAUCCGCUAUUCCAAGAUGAAGACAGUGACUAACAUGUACAUCCUCAAUUUAGCCUUGGCUGACGAACUCUACAUCUUAGGGAUUCCCUUCCUGGCCACCAACAGUGUGCUUUCCUACUGGCCGUAUGGAGAUUUCUUCUGCAAGGUGUGCAUGACGGCCGACGCCAUGAGCCAGUUCACGUCCACCUUUUGUCUGACGGUGAUGAGCAUCGAUCGCUACCUGGCCGUGGUUCAUCCUUUCCGCAGUGCCAAGUGGAGAAGGCCGCAGGUGGCGAAGAUUUUCAGUGGCAUGCUGUGGGUGGUGUCCUUUCUGGUGGUGUUGCCGGUCACCAUCUACUCGCAUGUGCAGGAAGGACUCAAUACCUGCAAUAUCACGUGGCCUGAAAUGCAGAACUGGUGGUCUGUUGUGUUUAUCCUCUACACAUCCAUCUUAGGCUUCUUUGGACCGCUGCUUGUCAUCACCAUCUGCUACCUGCUAAUUGUCAUUAAGGUGAGGUCAGCAGGCGUGCGUGCCGGCGUGACCAAGCGGCGUAGGUCAGAACGUAAGGCGACGCGCAUGGUGGUGAUCAUCGUCGUGGUCUUUGUCUUUUGCUGGAUGCCUUUCUUCACGACCAACAUUGUCAACCUGGUGUACAUCAUCCCUGAGAACAAUGCCACAGCUGCAAUCUACUUCUUCUUAGUCAUCCUUACCUAUGUCAACUCCUGCGCCAACCCCGUCCUCUACGGCUUCCUGUCGGAAAAAUUCAAUCAGAGCUUCCAGAAGGUGCUCUGUUUUUACAAAAAUAAAACCAUCGUGGACCAGAGGAAAGCUCGACGGGGUGCACCUCAAGAGACACCAGCGAACCGCCACGAUCCUCUUUUCUCAAACAGAAAUCCUACACACAAUGGAAAAGUACAGAACAUCCAGGGUGUCGAGAUGAAGGAUGUUGGAAACCUUGACAAUGAGCCUUCAACUACAAAAACAAUCUUGAACGGCCAGUCAAUGCAAUGAGAGGAUGACAAGUGGAACUGCGAAAGUUUACCCCUUAGUAUAUUUUCAACAUAAUUUCCAUGAUAGAUUUGAGUUUGAUAUUUUUGUAUUGUUCACACAGGCUACAUGGAUGGACGUCAAUACAAAAGAAUGUUGGUUUUAAAAUGUAUGAAGUCCUCAAAUAACCUUAGAUCUCCUAUUAUUAGUUUGGUUUUAAUGAUUGUAUUAGCUAGAGAUCCUAAAGAGUAUAUAAAAGGAAUGAAUACAUAACAAAUCAAAAGUGUCAAACUAGGGCUGGGCGAUAUGGCCUUUUAUUAAUAUCUCGAUAUUUUGAGGCCAUGUCACGAUACACGAUAUAUAUCUCGAUAUUUUGCCUUAGCCUUGAAUGAACACUUGAUGCAUAUAAUCACACCAGUAUGAUGAUUCCAUGUGUCUACAUUAAAACAUUUUUCUUCA